AUGUCGCAACUUGAUAUGCCGUCUAGUAAUUCAUAUGAAUCAACAGUGACCUUCGAUUCUCUUCGAUUUCAUCACGUGGCUGGUCUGCAUGUUACUCUUAAUUCUAUGCGAAACAUCGCUACUCGAUGUGGGAGCGAAUACACUCAAGGAUACGUCUUCUCAGAGAGACCAAUCCGUAAUAACGAGAAAGUAGUUAUAGAGGUGAUCGGAGUUCAGCAGCUCUAUAAAGGUGGCUUGGCCUUUGGGGUGACAUGCUGUGACCCAUCCACGUUGCGCUCGACGGAUCUUCCAGAGGAUUCAUCAGAUCUGAUCGAGAUGCCGCAGUAUUGGGUGGGCAUCAAAGAUAUCGCCUUACAACCUCGAAUGAACACUGUGCUUAGUUUUUGGAUUACUGACGCAGGUAGGUGUGUGUUUUCAGCUUGA